UUUCGGUUCGUUUUGGGGGGGAAUAAGAGAGGAGUUCCAAUUUUGUUUGGACUUUGGGAGAAAUGAAAGAGAAGGGUUCGGAUUGUGAUUUGAUUUGGGUCAGCUUGAUUUUGGGAGAAAUAUGAGAGAGAAUUUGAUUUGGGUUAGUUUGAUUUUGGGGGAAAUAUGAGAGACGGAGGGAGGAGGAGAGAGGGAGAGAGAUUAGAUGAGAAGGUUGGAGGUGAGAGAGAUCCAGUGAGGGAGAAGAAUGGCCGAUGGAGCAUGGAGGUGAGAAAAAGAGAGGAGAAGAAGGAAUCUGUAGAAGAAUUGCAAAACCCGCCGGCAGGACUUUGGAAGGCCAAGUCCAAGCCUGGGCCAAUUAAGAAACAAGCUGGACUUUUAGGCCUGAACCCGGCCCUCGGGCCUAAUACUCUAGCCCAAGCCCGCCUCGAGGCAGGCCAGGCCCAAAAGCCCAUCGGGCCUACCCGGUCCAUUGAUAGGCCUAGAAAUAGGUGAUGCCAUCAACAUAGUUUCGAAGAUCAUGUAUUGGCACUAAAUUUCCGAACAUA